AUGUUUAACGAUACAAAUAAUAAUGCAACCGGCGUUUUAGAAGAAUCGGAUUUAAUCGAACAAAAUGCGACAGAAUCAAUUAUUGAAACCGAUUGGAAAUUAAAAUUAGUGUGGAGAAAUAUUAUCUUUAUGAUAUACAUACACAUUUCGUUUAUAUACAGUUGGUAUCUUUAUAUUUACCACUUUAAAUUUAUCUUUUUUUUAGCAAUAUUAAUGAUGAUUUUCACCGGUUUUGGAUUAACAGCCGGUGCUCAUCGCCUUUGGACUCAUAAAGCUUACAAAGCAACAAAGAAAUUAAAAGUUUUUCUCGUUAUUUUAAAUUCUAUGGCUUUUCAGGGUUCAAUUAUAGAUUGGGCAAGAGAUCAUCGAUCGCAUCAUAAAUAUAGUGAAACCGAUGCUGACCCUCAUAACCCAAAACGAGGCCUUUUCUUCUCGCACAUUGGAUGUUUAAUGUCUCGAAAACACCCAGCGGUAUUUGAAAAAAGCAAAAAUAUCGACUUCAAUGAUCUCCUAAGCGAACCGAUUUUGAUUUUUCAAAAGAAAUAUUAUCCCAUCAUAAUGCCUAUAAUGACCUUUAUAAUUCCAACUUUAAUUCCGAUUUAUUUUUGGAACGAAACGUUUUAUUCCUCGUAUUUUAUGAAUAUAUGGAGAUAUACGAUUACAUUAAACGGAACUUUAUCGAUUAAUUCGAUUACUCAUCACGUAGGAAAUAGACCUUAUGAUAAAAAUAUGUAUGGAACUGAAGUUUCUUAUAUAAGCGUUUUAAGUUUAGGAGAAGGAUCUCAUAAUUAUCAUCACGUAUUUCCUUGGGAUUACAAAUGUUCAGAAUUUGGUAAUUACUCCUUAAAUUUAACGUGCAUCUUUUUGGACUUAAUGGCGAAAAUUGGUUGGGCUCACGAUUUGAAAACGGUUUCUAAAGAAACUAUUAAAAAUCGUGUUUUAAGAACGGGAGAUGGUACACAUCCCGUUUGGGGAUGGGGCGAUAAAGAUCAACGUUUAGAAGAUAAAGAAAAUAAACCUGUAAAAUAG